CAGGGGCGUCUCCCUGUAAAAUGGACUGCCAUUGAGGCGUUGCUUUACGGAAAAUAUUCUACCAGGAGUGAUGUGUGAGUACAAGGAAGACAUAACACUGCAGUUAAACUCAAUGAGAAUGGUUUUGUAUGAAAUUUGUUCAGGUCUGCAAAAAGUUACUUGGUUACUUUUGUAUUUUGGUCUUCUUAUUUUGCUGGUGUGAGGUCAUCUCAGUGAGGAGUAGUUAUCCUCAUUUUUCAUGGUUAGUGACCAGGGAUCAAUUCCUAUGACCCUGUGCAUAUGUCCCUCCCCACCCCAUUCGCCCUACCCUUUAAAACCAAAGAUGUUUCAAUUAAAUUUUUUUUGCAGGAAAGAAAUUUUAUUGCUUUAAAUUUAUCCCGUUUGUUUUACAAGUGGAGUUACGGAGUUCUCCUCUUUGAGAUUUUCACGAUUGGCAAGUUACUAGGCAGAUUGCCAGUCCAGUCAUUUUAGCCUCAGUAAUUGGGGGGACACGAAGUCAUGAAGUAAGCAGGGUGUACCAGUCUCUGUAGAAUUGGCUUUUGGUCAUACCAAGUCGCUGGCCUUAGCCGGAAAAAAUUGUUAAUGGAAAUACAUCUGUAGAGCUUUUCAUUUUAGAAGAUACAAACAUUACCUGCUCUAUUCAGGUGGUUCACCGUAUCCAAGGAUGGAUGGAAGAAAAAUUGCAAACUUACUUCAAGAGGGAUACAGAAUGCCUAAACCACAACAUGUGGAUGAUAAGUUGUAUGACAGUAUCUUAUUAUUGUUUCUUGAUGGCUUUUAUCGUACAGUAGUAUUUGUACCGCUUUUUGUUCGAGUUUCAUGUGCGCCUCAAGAUAAAACCAUCUUUACUUAUUGAACCAGCCUAACGAAGGGAAAUGAAACACCAUCACCAGUUGAUUUCUUUUGUAUAAAUCUUUUGUCCUCUGUUAUAACAAGAUGGAAUUAUAAGACCAAAAUGAUUUUUGAACCGUUUCUAAUAAAACUUUCUUAUGACGUCCUUUUAGAUAUGACUUUAUGACAAAAUGUUGGAAAGACGACCCUAACUUGAGACCAUCUUUUGAGAAGUUGAGAAACAAACUCAAAGAAAUGGAAAACCAGCACAAGGUAGAAUGGUAGAGUUUACAAACAGACUCUCUGUGUUCUUUUUUCCCUUUCAAAGUUUGAUUGUUAGAAUCUAUCACCAUCAACUUAACUUGAUAACGGCGGCACCAUGAAUGCUUGCAAGCGUAGUUUAUGACUUCAAUUUAUUUAGCUUUUCGAGCAAUUUUCAAUUGAGAUUCGAAAGUGCAAAUCGAAAGUAAAAACUAAAACUAAUCCCAGCUUGAUCACACGCGUUUUUCCGCGCUUCAAGGAGGAUGCCAGAUCCUACUUUAAGUUCUCAUUGGUUAAUGUUGAUGUUAACCUUUGUUCUCAUUGAUAGUUGUGAAUACUUUGGGUUUGGUUUUUCAAGGGUUAGGCUUAGGGUUAGUUGAUUCUCGAUGAUUAAUAUAAGACUUCACUAUCUAAAAUUAAUUGUAACAGCAAUAUGCUCUCUUUCUGGGUAAAAAAAUGAAGGAACUCUCGAAAGCUUAACAGAGUAUAGCAUAAUUUAUACUCGUUUUUCAUAUUUUUUCGUAUGCCUUUUGUUUUUUGUUUUUUUUACAGGGGCUGAUAAACUUAAAAAAUUACGAUGAUCGACUCUAUGUUAAUGUUGACGAUCUUGCCGUGUGA